UAGUAUCGUGUACUUUCCACAUAAACACGGUCACAUCUGUAGCGUCGGCGUCAAGUGUCAAUUUCAUCGUCAAAAUAUUAUACGUAACACAAUUCCCUAAGCUAUUAUGGACGUUGAUGAAGAAACAGUAGAUCAUGGACAUAUUCUGUGGUUACCUGGUGAUCUAUUAUUGGAGAUAUUUUCAUAUCUGGAAGCAGCAUCCUUGAGUUCUGCAGGCUUGACUUGCAAGACAUGGGCAUCACUUAUCAGUCAGUCAGAAACACUAUGGAAAACAAAGACUCAGCUGAUCUCUGAUAGAGAUGCUCAAAAAUAUAUCCUCCAGUCAAAAUCAGAAGGGAACUCAUGGAAGGAGUCCUUUCAGAUGAAUUAUGGAAGCAACUUGAUUAGACAUAAAUGGAAGCGGGGUGAGUUCAGUAAACCCAAAGCCAUGGUGGAUCUUCCCCCAAAGGUCCUGUGUCCAAUGACUGCUGACACCUGGGGUGAAAUAUUUGAAAUGGAGCUGGAAAGAUGAGGAAGCAACAAUAAGGAUGCCUGAUAUCUGUAAGGACAAUGGUGCCACCAGCCAGCAAGAAUGUGCUUGUCCGCCUUACACCUCAUGAUUGUGUAUCAACAAGGAGAACCAAGCAAUGCGUUUGUAGCUUGACAGUGUGGAUCAGUUGCAUUUGUUACUCAGAUAAUUUGGACAACUGAAUGAAAUAUGUUUCUGUUUCCAUGCUUAUCAAGGAUCAGGAUGGAUGUAUGUCCAGCAUUUACAUUUUAAUGUUGAAUGUCAUACCAGUGAUUUCGAUGUCUGUCAAAUGUACAUUUUACCUCGUAAUUAUCACAUUGUGGGUACAUAUAUGAAGAUGUUACCCUUGUUUCGUAUUUGUAAAUCUUGUUAGCCACCCAAAUUUCUUUAUGUCCUCCUUUUGUGUGAUAUUUUAAUUUUAACCUUCCAAUGACAUUCUAGUUUUAAUCAGCCCCCUUAUUAGCAUUUUUUUUUUAUCCAAGAGGGAUGUAUUUAUCUUAGGCUUUCUGGCGAAUGUGUGUCUGUUACAGUAUGAUCUUUUUUAAUGAAAGUUUGUAUCUACCCAAGUGGUACCAAUGGAUAAUGUGAACAGUCUAUAAUAUUUAUAUGAUAGUUACUAUCCGUUUUAUCAGAUGCAUUGUACAUAUGAAUUUAUAUAAUAUAUUUAUUUAAUUAAUUUAUUGAUAUCUUUGUUGUAGAGCAACAUAUUUGUUAUUUGGUGGUUUUAUUUAUUUUUAGUCAUUAUAAAAUAGAAUUGUUAUCAUUGAAGAUUUUGGCAAUCAGGGAACAAGAUUAAAUGAUAAUACAACAUGAUUUAAUAUAUGCUAUAAGAUUUGUCGUUCCUCUCAAAAUAACAUGUUUAACAUAUUAAUAUCAUCAAGUGACAUGACAUAAAUCUAUACAUUUCUGAGUGGUACAGCAAUACUGAUCUUAGUAGGAAAACAAUAUUGUCUUAGAUUUACACUGAAAUUAUGUCCAGAAUUGGGUGUUACUUCACCAGACUGAAGUAUUGUAAUCCGAUAUUUUCAGACAAAAUAGUACUGUACUACUCUUCAGACCUGAGACAUAAUAAUGAAAUCUAUUGUUGAUGUAAAUUUGUUUAAUAAGUUUCAUACAUAUUGUUACAUGAAUAAAUACUAAAUGUAAAAGUA